AUGAUUCUAAUACAGUGCUUUUAUUAAGCUAUCAAUAUUGAUAUUGGUGAAGAGAAUUAUAGAAUUAUAAAUAAAUAUUACAGAGUGAAAAUUUAGUAGAUACUCUAAAAUUAACUUAUCAUAUCGUUGAUGAUUAGCCUGAAUUAAUGUUUAUGGCAUUGA